GCCAUACGCAACUCGCACUCGCAGCGGCCGUCCGCUCCCCUCCGCCUUUCGUUUGCCCCGCCAUUCUAUCCUUUCAUCGCCUCUCCAGCGCCCACCAGCUAGCUAGCUGUUCGACCCAACACCGGACUCCUCCCACCCCGAUCCUCUACCCGCCGCACACCCCAAUGGCGACCGCCACCGCGUCCGUGGCGCCGCCCUCCACCUCCACCUCCUCGGUCCUCCUGCACCGCCGUCUCCCUUCCCCGGCGCCCGCGCCCGCGUCCGCCGCCUUCCCCCGGCUCUCCGGCCCGGCCCCGCCGCCGCGCCGCGCGCGCCUGCUCCUCCGGGUCGCGCUCACCAACGAGGUGGCCUCGGACGACGUGGCGGCCGAGGAGGCCGCGGCCGCGCCCAAGAUCGGCAGGCGGGUGCGCGUCACAGCGCCGCUCCGCGUCUACCACGUCCUCAAGGCGCCCGACCUGGACAUCCAGGGCAUGGAGGGCGUCGUCAAGCAGUACGUCUGCGUGUGGAAGGGCAAGCGCGUCACGGCCAACUUCCCCUUCAAGGUCGAGUUCGAGCUCGCCGUCGAGGGCCAGCCCAAGCCCGUCCGGUUCUUCGCCCACCUCCGUGAGGACGAGUUCGAGUUCGUCGACGGAGAGUGACAGCGUCGAGUGCGUUCGGGUAAGCGGCGACGGCGAGCGCCGUUCUUAUAGAAUAAUCAAGGCCGCGGCGGUCGCUGGUUUAUACUGUUCCGGUGCAGGAGCUCGCGAGGCAAGGCAUGUCAAGUGUUUGCUUACUCACUGUCUGUGCUGCUCAGGCUUCUUCCUCGUUCGGUUCAGCAUCGGUUUUUCAGCUGUGGGGAAUUAAUUGUUCGGAUGCUGUGCACCAUCGAUAGUUUAUAAUAGUGGUAAUUUGGCCGCUGUUCGUUGGCUAUGCUCUGCGCUUAGUUAUUUUGCUGGCUCUUCCAAGAGAUUCGUUUGUCUGAUUGGUACACAUUGCAUUGAAACCCGGGAUUGUUUCCUUGGAUUAUAAAAUCUGGCUAUUGUA